UGUUUAUUUCACUCUCAAAACUCAUUUUGCCUCUUGCUUUUCAAGUUCGUUCCGUUCACUCUUUUCUUGCAUUUUCAUUAUCAAUGGAGACUCCUGAGUUACUGAACCAGAACUUGCCUCGUGAUGCUCAUAUUGACGGUGACAUCUCAUUGAUGCUUGAGUUUCCAGAAAAUGACAAGUUCUUCAAGAAAAAGAAGAAACUGCUGGAAGACAUGGGUUCUCAUGCAAAUCAUGUAUCCAUUCAUAGCUCUGCAAGUCCUGGUGAACUGGAGUCUUCUUUACUUUUGAUUCUUCAGAGAGCUAGAAUCAUAAACUUGGAUGAGCUGGAACUUUACUUUGGUGGCGAAGAUGUCACGGAUAUGGUAGGCUUUAAUAGUCCAAGGAAUGAGAUGGAAGCCUUGAAUUCAAUUCUUAAAGCCAUUGCUAAGUUGGAUGGAGAACAUCGUUCAACCAACACAUUGGAAGAAUUACGAGUUGCAUCUGUCAACUUGAUUUCUGAGUUGGGAAAGAAAUGUAAAGAGGAGAGCAAAGUUGUUUCUCGAUCUAGCUGUGAGCCAGAGAAAUGUUUACAACAGUGGGGCGAAGACCAAGGUGUGAAGUCACAAUUGGAGAUAUCUUACUUUGAAGGAGCUGGAAGGGGAGCUGUUGCAAGACAAGAUAUGAGAAUUGGAGACAUUGCCUUGGAGAUCCCUUUAUCCAUUGUCAUUUCAGAUGAACUUGUGCAUGAAUAUGACAUGUAUUCCAUUUUGGAAAAGGUCGAGGGCAUGUCAGCAGAAACAAUGUUACUGUUGUGGAGCAUGAAGGAGAAGCACAACUCUGAUUCCAAAUUUAAGUUAUACUUUGAUACACUGCCAGAGGUAUUUAAUACAGGUUUGAGUUUUGGAAUGGAAGCUAUAAUGGCUUUAGAUGGAACCUUGCUGCUAGAAGAGAUUGUCCACGCAAAAGAGCACUUGCGUGCACAAUAUGAUGAAUUAUUUCCAUCCCUAUGCAAUGAUCACCCAGAUGUAUUUCCUCCGGAGCAGUACAGAUGGGACCAGUUCUUAUGGGCUUGUGAACUUUGGUACUCUAAUAGCAUGAAAAUUAUGUUUAGUGACAGAAAACUAAGGACCUGCUUGAUUCCAAUUGCAGGUUUUCUUAAUCAUUCAACUUGUCCACACAUAAUGCACUAUGGAAAAGUAGAUUCCACGACAAAUUCUAUAAAAUUUCCUUUGUCAAGGCCGUGCAAUGCUGGCCAACAAUGUUUUCUUGGCUACGGAAGCUUCUCUAGUUCUCAUCUACUGACCUUCUAUGGUUUUCUACCACAACUAGAUAACUACUAUGAUGUGAUUCCGCUAGGCCAUGUUUUCAUUGCAGAUAUUGACGUUGCAAGUAAUGAAGAUUGUGCAGGCACAGACCCUACAUCUGAUUGGACCUCCCAUAUGGUCCGUGGAACCUGGUUCUCAAAGAAUCAGGGCGUCUUCCAUUAUGGGUUACCACUGCCUUUACUGGAUUGUAUGCGUAGAUCUCGGAAUCCUUCCUUGCAGUCAAUGACACUUACACCAGAGAACUUGGAAAUUGAACUCGAAAUACUUAGGGAUCUUUGUUCUAUGUUUGAAAAGAUGCGGGAUGGACUAGGAGAUCCUGAAUUUGAUAACAGGGAGACCACAAGUUGGGAUGUAAAGCUUGCAGUGGAUUUCAAAGAUUUACAGAGGAGGAUUUUGUCCUCCAUUGUUGCUUCGUGUCAGGCAGGAUGUGAGUUAGUAGUAUGUGAAGUGCAAAGAUACACAUUGUAUUGUAGCGCUACCGAAAGGGAACAACACUGCUGAAGCUGUUCUUCAAGUUUCUGCAUCACAGGGUUGGAUUGGAAUCUCAAGUUGACGCUGUAGUGACAUCGAAAGAAAUAUGAAAGCUUGGAUGAGCAGUCUUCCAUUUUGUAAUAGCAAUGUUGCUAUACCAGACGUAGCAACGGGAAGAACUAUUUUUUAUUGGGAUCUGAUCUUUGAAAUUAUUGUCUUCCACAGAAAUCUCUUGCUCAUACCACCAUGGUCGUUUAUAAAAAUAAUUGGGCUUCUUCCUUAGCUAAAGAAGAUAUUAUCGCAUCAUAAACUGGUCGUUGACAACUAUUCAACAGAGCGAAUGAUUUGUCAUGCAUUUCUAUAAAUUGAAACCCAUUUUCAGAGAUCUGAACACUAUCUUCUUGUAGUUU